GAUUGGCGCUUGCGUAAUAGCCCUCGUCGCUCGCAUAUCCUGCCCCCCUCCCUCUGCCUCGCUGUUGGUGACGUUAUCCUCUUUCCGUCGACGGGGUGUGUGAGAGCUCACGCCCAGUUCUCUGCAGACGUCAGUGGUGUUUGAACGGCUGGGUCUCUCUCGUAACUGUGUCGUGCGCGUAGUAGUACGUCUGGCCGCGUGUGUUUGUGUGUGUGUCUUCUGCCACCGUGCACCUCGUUGUUCUACCGGCCGCUUCCCAGCACCGGCAGGUUUACUAUACGGAAGGGGCCUCUCAUGAGUGACUCAGCAUGGGCUGCUCAAACACAAAGGCUGUGGAGUUGACCAACGAAGAUCUUGAGUUCCUCAAGAAGCACACAGACUAUGAUGAUGCCACGAUACGGGAUUGGUACGCAGGAUUCAAGCAAGACUGUCCGACGGGCAAGCUCUCUCGCGCCAAGUUCCUGGAGAUAUACCGCAUGUUCUUCACGACGGGCAACCCCGAGAAGUUCUGUGACCACGUAUUCCGCACAUUCGAUGCGGACAACAACGGCCACAUUGACUUCAAGGAGUUCCUGUUGGCCAUCGGAGUGACGGGCAGCCAGAGUUCGGAAGAGAGGCUCAAGUGGGCCUUUCGCAUGUACGACAUCAAUGGCGACGGCAAGAUUGACCAAGCAGAGAUGGUCAAGAUAGUCCAGGCCCUGUAUGAAAUGCUGGGGCCCGGUGCCGCCACUUCCGAUGAGGACACGCCGGAAGAGCGCACAGGAGCGGUCUUUUCCAAAAUGGACACCGAUGGCGACGGCAAGCUGACGAUGCGAGAAUUCCUCGACGGCUGCUUGCAGGAUCGGAAGCUGGCGGGGCUCCUGACCGCAAACACAUCCUUGCAGCUGAGAUAGCCCCAAACUUUCAUGGCCCGUGCUUUUGCGUUCGACCAUGUCUUUCUUUUUUUCUUCCAGCACUUCCUCCAAAUUCUUUCCCUAGAAAAGCAUCUUGUUCUAUUUUUGUUGUAAUUUAACAGCAUUUGUUUUUUGUUUGUGCCCUUUUUGUAUACAAGCAUUGUGCUACUUCGUCACGUUUGAAUAAACUGUGCCUACAUUUCA